AUGGAUUUGGAAACAAAGAUGUUUGUUGUGUCCAGUGAUGUGGAGAUUGAUGAAAUUUCAAGUUACAAAGACGAGGCAGAUGACAGCAACAGUAGAACUACUGUUGCACUUUUUCCUGAUAAUUCUACGCUAGGGAGAAAAGAUUUUUCAAUUGCGAGAGACAUUCAAGCUGAAGAGAAUACAGAAGCCACUACAAAUAUUGAACACUCGAAAAAAAUGACACCUGGGAGCUUGUACCAAAGCUAUGAUGCUGAUUUAAUUACUUGUAAGUGGGUUUACAAGGUGAAGAAAACAGCUGAUGGUAGAAUUGAUAGACACAAAGCUCGUCUUGUUGCUCGUGGGUUCUCUCAGCAAUAUGGUUGA